GGCGCACAGGUGAAGUUGGAUCCCGGUCGGUGGCGAGUUUUUGUGCGCUCGGAGAAGACCGCAGGCACGGUACAGAGCUGGAUCUUAGAGCUUCUGUUGUGGAAGUAUCCGUGCUGUGAGCAGAACCCAGAUCAACACGCAAUGAAAUCUUUGUCGAGUGGACGAUUAUAGUCAAAAAGUUCCUGCUCCUGGCGGGGAAGAGGCUUUUGUUUCCUCAGUUGGAUCAUAGUCCUCAGCCAACUGUUUUUUCAAUGUGGGAUACAGGUUUGGUGUUUUUGUCAGGCUGAAAUCCUCCAGGGUCAGGACCUCCCUCAUGGCAGCCUUGCUUCUUGGGCUGCUGCUGUUUGCAUUGCAGUCUCCCCCUGUUCCAUCCAGGCCAAUGGUUAUUGGGGCGCCACCUUUACCUUCCACAUCAUUGCCUACUGACAACGGGACAAGUAGCCACCCAAACGGGACCCUCCAACAGUUUCCUCACAUUAUAAUUAUUGGCGUGAGGAAGGGAGGGACACGGGCGCUGAUUGAGAUGCUCAGUCUGCACAGCGCGGUGGCAGCGGCGCAGAACGAGGUGCACUUCUUUGACUGGGAGAGUCACUUUCAGAAGGGUUUGCCUUGGUAUCUUAGCCAGAUGCCUUACGCCUUCCCCAAUCAGCUGACAGUAGAGAAGACACCGGCCUACUUCACCUCCAGCAAAGUCCCCAAACGCAUCCAUCAGAUGAACCCUGACAUUAAGCUGCUGCUCAUCCUCAGAGACCCCACUGAGCGGGUGCUCUCCGACUACACCCAGGUCUUUUACAACCGUCUCCAAAAGCACAAGAACUACCAACCAAUCGAAUCAGUGCUGGUGAAGGAUGGUGAGAUCAACCUGGGAUACAAGGCUCUCAAUCGUAGCCUGUACUAUGUUCACAUGCAGGACUGGCUUCAGUACUUCCCACUGGAGAGCAUUCACGUUGUGGACGGGGAUGAAUUGAUCAGGGACCCCUUCCCCGAGAUGGAAAAGGUAGAACAGUUCCUAAAGCUAGAACCCCAGAUAAAUGCUUCAAACUUUUACUUCAAUAAAACAAAAGGAUUCUACUGUUUGAGAGACCAUGGGCGAGAAAGGUGUUUACAUGACUCAAAAGGCAGAGCUCACCCUCAUGUGGCUCCUGCAAUCCUUCAAAAACUCUACCAGUUCUUUCACAAACCCAACAAAAAGUUCUUUGAACUGGUGGGUCGAACAUUCAACUGGAAAUGAGCAUUUCAGUCAAAAUGGUUUUGUGUAGAGUUGCUUGGGGAUAAUCCCCACAAGAUUCCCUGUUUUCCUUACUAACAAUGUAAAUGAAGAGAAAAAGCUAAUGUAAAUUUAAACUAAAUCUAUUUUUGUACUAGCACGUUUGAUGCAGGAGUAUGAUCCAGCCAAAUAUCAGGGCAGACUGCAGUUAAUGACAUGCUCUGUUAGUGCAUGUCUCAUUUCUCUUUUUCAAACCUGCUUUACUGUCUUCCUGUACUCACUAUUCAUUACAGUUAGGCUCAUCAGAUCAAAGCUGAUGACUUAAUUGGACAUUGAUAAUGACAUUCAGAGUUUAGAAUGGGCCAGUGAAUGUGUUACAUAAAGAUUCCUUUAUGUUUUGCUUCAUUUAAUAUGACACUAUUAUCAUUCUCUGAAGGACCUUUACCUGCUGCUAUGAUUAGUCUCAGUCACUUUCAGGCACAUGCCAUACUGAAUAUGUAUUUGUCCUUUUUGUUACUAAACAUUUAGGUAAGAGUCAGUGACAUAAAUAUACGUGCAC